AUGCCAAUCCUCCACUACCUACAGUAUGGCCUCGGCCGGUUGCUCUACCCUUUCCGGGAUCACGAAUCGCGCCAAAUCAUCCACCACCCGGCCUUCCAAAAUAUCCCCAAGCCUAAUAUGACCCUGGAAGCACCCGAAUGUGGUCCCUCGGGCUCUACAAUGCUACUCAAACAUUCCGGGUAUGCAGAGGAUGGUGUUGGCUGUCAUCCAGAACUACGCUGGUCGAUCCCCGAAUGUACCUCGCCAGUCAAAGAAUAUGUCUUGAUCUGCGAAGACAUCGAUAUCCCGAUUCCCUUCCUUGUCAUACAUCACGGCCUGUUUUGGGCCAUUCCUCCUUCCGCAACGACUGCGGUUCCGGCCAGCGUGGAGGUCAGUCCGGAGAACGCAAAGCACCGCCGGACCGAUGCCGGCUGGCGCUUCGUGCCAAACCCACUGGGCACAUCUUAUGGUGGUCCUGCUCCUCCUUUUGGUCAUGGUCCCCAUCGCUACACUUUCACUAUCGUCGCUCUCAAUGCUUCUCUCGAAUUUGACAAUCCCGAAAAGGUCAGCAAGAACGAUAUCAAGGACGCCAUGGUCGGCAAGGUCAUCGGCUGGGGCCAAUGGGUGGGUGUCUAUGAGCGGGUUUGGGGCGCAUAA